GUGUGCAUGUUCAAGGCGGGCUAGACUAACUCAGAGAUAUGUUUGUGGAUUUUCUUCCAUUACCAUUUUGAGAUUGCACUGGAAGUAAUACUUAUAUUCUUUUUUUUAACUUAUAUUAUUUAAUAAUAGGUGUUUUUGGAAGGAUAUUUUUCUGUUUAUUAUAUUUAUUGGGAUGUGACUCUUGUGCCGCUUUCCCGGAUCUGAACUGAAGCUUCACAGGGGAAAUAGUCGGACACAUGUGACAGUGGCAUGUGUGGAUAAAUGUCAGUGUGCUUGAGAUCGCUGUGUGUUUCGACCACAAGGAGAUUUGCAACAGUGGAUAUUUUUAACACAUUGUCCUUUGAAAAGAACUGGGCUUGAACACAGUUGACAUGGCCAACAUGAAGUCUCGCAGUGAAGAUGAGGAUGAUGAACGUCAUUCUACAGACCCUGACAUCAGAGAUCCCAAAAAUUCAAAAAAGACCCUUUGCAAAAUUAAAUGGUCCCGGGAUGAGGAUGAUAAGCUAAAGAAACUUGUUGAGCAACACGGAACUGAUGCUUGGAAAUUAAUCGCUAAUUAUUUCCCAACAAGAACAGAUGGUCAAUGUCAGCACCGUUGGCAAAAGGUGCUCAACCCGGAGCUGGUGAAAGGACCCUGGACAAAAGAGGAGGAUCAGAGGGUGAUCGAGCUAGUUCAUAAGUACGGACCCAAACGGUGGUCAGUGAUUGCCAAGCACUUACAGGGCCGCAUAGGCAAACAGUGCAGAGAGCGCUGGCACAAUCACCUCAACCCAGAGGUGAAGAAAUCCUCCUGGACUCAGGAAGAAGAUCGCAUCAUCUAUGAAGCUCAUAAACGCCUGGGCAACCGCUGGGCUGAGAUCUCAAAGCUGCUGCCUGGAAGGACAGACAACUCCAUUAAGAAUCAUUGGAACUCCACCAUGCGCAGGAAGGUAGAACAUGAGGGCUACUUACAGGAGGGCAGCAAGAGCUACAGCAGUGACCCUGGCCAGAAGAAACGGACCAAAGCCAGCCCAGCGGUGGAAUAUCCACAUGAACAGAAUCAAGUGAUCCUGAGCAACCAAUCACAGCAGCACAGAUACCCGUAUGGUUCACAAAGGGGCCAGUGUAUGGACAACAUUACAGUCGAGGUCUUUAGCUUCAUGUCGCCGUGCCAUGAUGACCCAGAGAAAGAGAAAAGAAUUAAGGAGCUAGAGCUGUUGCUAAUGUCAGCUGAGAGUGAAGUCAGAAGACAGUCUGGCCCUCGUAAUCCAGAGAGUUACUCCAGCUGGUCAGACAGCCUCCCCGAUGAUACUGUGACCACCACAGAGAGUUUGGAUGAUAGAGGAGGCGAGCUGUGUCAUUUACAGGAGGGCCGGGCUGCUGCUGUGCCUCUGCCAGUCUCUCCCAGCAAAUUCCUGGCUGCUGAGGCCAGCGCUGUGUUGUCCACUCUAGAGACCAUACCAGAGUUUGCAGAGACCAUGGAGCUCAUAGACUCGGAUCCUCUGGCCUGGAGUGAUGUGACCAGCUUUGAUCUCUCUGAGGGAGGCCCCUCCCCAAAGCCCGCUAACCCCACUGGGGCUUGUCCAGCAGUGAAUAGAAGCACAGAAUGCCUUGGCUACCCAAUAAAUUCAACCACUGUUCCAGAGAUGAGCAUACAGUGUGCCACCAUGAUCCAGGGCAAGUCUGUUACUCUCUCCAACACCUGCAUGAACAGGUUCAGUACUCCACCACUUUCCAUUAUCAGAAAGAAGAGAAGAGACAGAGGGGAUCAGUCCCCUCCAGAUGAAAGGAACUGCAGCCCUUUUAUAGACAGCAAUGGAAACUCACCCAAAAACACCCCUGUCAAAGGCCUACCCUUCUCCCCAUCUCAGUUUUUCAACGUAUCUGGUGGUGAGCCCCUGACCCUGGACAAUCCUGCUCUUACGUCCACCCCAGUGUGUGGGCAGAAAUGUCUUCACAACACACCCCACCAGAGAGAAACCACACCAAAACACCAGAAGGAGAAUGCAGGUUUUAGGACCCCCAAAAUCCAUAAGAACAUUGUGGCCCACACACCAAGGACACCUACCCCUUUCAAAAAUGCCCUGGCUGCCCAGGAGAAGAUGCAUGGGCCAUUAAGAGUUGUGCCCCAGCCUCUGGCACUUCUUGAGGAGGACAUCAGAGAGGUUCUCAAAGAGGAAACAGGGUCUGACAUAUUCACACAAGAGCAGAAUCAGCUUCAGUACAGAUCUUAUGAGCAAAUGGAAGCUCCUGCUAGGAAAGUGAGAAAAUCUUUGAUGUUGGACAGCUGGGAAAAAGACUGUCUGAAUGUACAACUGUUUCCCCAACAGACGAUUAACAACGGUGGACAAUCUCUUAAAGAUGGUCUACUGACCAGAUCUAUGCUCAUGAUGCCAUUUUCAGAGAGAGGGGAGAACUCUUGCUCUCCUGAUUCAUUGAAGGAUUCACUUUCCAUGGUCUGUUCCUUUAGCCCACUGGGCAAAAGAGAAGCCAUGAUCCAGAGGAGCCCACCUCACAAAACCCCUCCACAGCAGGCCAACGAGUGGGAAUCGGUGGUCUUUGGGAAGACGGAGGAUCAGCUGAUUAUGACGGAGCAGGCGAGGCGUUACUUAAAAACCAAUUCCACCACCUGCAUUUCCAGAGCUCUCGUCCUCUAAACGUUACUUCUGCACUACAGCAACCUUCCCUCUUCCCUUUAUCACACCAACAUUUAACCUCUUAGACAAUCUGGUGUAGGAAACUCAAGCGUUCACUGAUGUUUGCUAAACACCUACUAAUAUAACAAUGUAUUGCUUUGUAUAAAAAGACUCAUAUGCUGGAGAUGUAUUCUUAGCAGAGUGCAUGCUGGUUGUAUUCCUGCUAAAAUACAAAUAGCACUAGACUUGCAGAAUUGAGUUAAUGGUAUUUUAACAUAGAGAUUAGUUUUUUUAAAUCCGUUUUAGCCAUAGACAGUGUGUUGAUGUUUAAGGGCUGCUUUUAAAUAAACUUUUUUAAGAAGGAAAAAAAGGAAAGAAACUUGUAAAUGACAUUUUUAGAUAGUUUAAAGCUCUUUUUAGAGAAUUUUAUAGACUGGUGUUAAGAAUAGGGGAGCACUGGCAGUGUUGCACUACUGUGGUUGUUUGUUAGGGUGAGGAGCAGAGACAGUGUUGAGGAGUAACUGGAUAGCACUUGCAACGUAAUCGUUUUUGCUCCAAACAUAACAAAGGUUCCACCCCGUUUAUUGUUUUGUUUUAUUUCCGAGUAGGACACUCACUGAAUGUAUUGUAUAGAAUGAAUCUGCUAAGUUAAGGUCUACUGGAAGGUACCUCGCUAGUGUUGCUUUUGUUCCAUUAUUUUUCUGCUCUAAAGUGAAGGUUGUUGAAAUGAAUUGUAUGUCGAACAUCUGGACAGACUUAAUAUCGCUGACAGGCAUGUUUGUGACUGCAGUCUAAAUCCAGCAUCUUCGUUGCUUAUGAAAAUGUUCUCAAUUUAGCUGAAAUCAUGUUUGGCACUGAUAUCAAUGCACACGUUGCAUUUUAAAUAACACGUUCCAAGAACAAUAGGUGAGAGUCAUUCAUUUAUACCUGUAGGAUCUAUUUAUUAAAUCUUUACUAAUUUAUUUAUUUCAAAGAUAUAAAGAAAAUGUCUAAUUAGAUUUCUGUUCUAUUAAGAAUUUGACUACCUUCCAUCACAUUUUUUUUAUUUUAAUAACUCUGCCACUAAUUUCGUGCAUCUAGGUUGGACAGGCCUUUACAGAAGGUUUAACAUCCUUUCAAAGAUUCCAUCUUCUGUUGAUUUGAAGUCAAUUGGUUGACCAUAAAGUUAGCAGCAAGCAGCAUUCAGCCUCCAAAUGUUCGAAGUAGGCAAAUUGCACUUUUAAAUAUUGUAUAAAUGUUGGUUUGUCUCUCUUGUUUUAUGUGGGGAUCUUUUUUUUUUUUUUUUGGUGGCCAAACACAUUUACACAUAUUUAAACAUUGACAUGUCAGGAUGACAUCUGAAGUCUCUCACUUUCUCUCUGUUGGAGAAUGUGUGUAAGGUUGCUCACUGCUACUGAGAGUCACAGCAGGAGUGGACACGAGCACAGUCUGUUAGAAGAUGUGUAGGACUGUGCUUUUUUAUUAAGUGAAAUGUUUUUGGGAUUUUUGCAUCAGCAGCAACCCAUGUUUAAUAGUUCCAGGUUAUUCACAUUGAUACCAUAGUCUGGGCAAGGAAAGACCCUAACAUUAAAGGAUUUGGCAGUAUUAGCUAUGUAUUGCUAAAAACAUUGUCUUAAAAUAAAAGUUUAAUACUUUUUUUAUUUUUGCUACUUUAACCCAGCUAUUAAAAUAAGACUGACCAUAUGCUUUAAAAUAUACACUACUAUGUAGAUUGCUUCACAUUGUGCAUAGAUCCCUGACUGCAGUUUAUUGAUGUAUUUACCAUCUAUGUUACAGAGAAGAAAUGUAACAUUGUAGAUAACUGCUUAAUGUGUUUUCAUGUCUGUCUUUUUUAUUUUUAUUUUUUUAUUUAUUUUGCUGUCCAUGUCUUUGUCUUGUUUAUUAUUGUUUUUUCUGUAGACGUGGUAAUGUGUGUUACGUAACACGAACACAUAUAUAUUGAGGGAAGCAAGUACAUGUUGCAGAUUUAAAUACAUGAAAACAAGCAGCACACUUCAUCUGACAUACUCAUUUCUCAUGCAAUAUGUAUUUGUCAUUUUCAGCAAAACAAUUAUAACCUGCUUCUCUGAUAUUACAACAAACUGUUUCAUAACCAUUUUGUC